AUGUAUGAUCACCGCUUUCUGGCUGGAUCGAAGGAGAAUGCGUCUUGGCUCUUGCAACGGAACGGUCCCGUUAGACAUAAGGCAAUAAAUACGUAUUGCGACAGUUUAAAAGUACAGUAUGGCUGUGUAAAUGUUGGACUAAUGGAAUCUACCCAAUAUCAACAAAUUCAACUCCUGGAUACUACCAGUGAGUUAGAACAUAAAUUCGGCCGUGCCAGUGCCGGUGCCGCACGGCACCGAUUACAUCCAACCAACAGCAGAAAAAACCCCACAGGACAGUAG